GACAAGGUGAGAAAAAAGUGGGCAGAGGUUGAGUAUAAAGCUCAGCUCUAAAACCACGAUACAGAUACAGCUGCAGACAGAGAUCAAACAUCAAACUCUUCAAACUCUUCAGACAGAAGACAGCAUGGACACCAGAAUUCUCCUCCUCCUCUCUCUCACCGUCUACCUGGCUCUGGCUCAAAAGCACCCAACCCAGAGAUGUACUUGUCGCAGAAUUCGCAACAAACUCGAAAAACCAAAACAAAUCCAGGACAUCCAGAUCCUGCCGCCUUCCCCUUCAUGUGACAAACUGGAGAUUGUGGUGACAAUUAAAAAUGGCUUUCAGUACUGUAUGGAUCCAAAUUCUGAAAAACUCCAGAAUAUUAUCAGAGCCUUCCUUGAAAUGAAGAACAAGUCAGCAGCUCAACUGACAACCAUCAGCCCCAGCGAUGUUUGAGGCGGCCACAAAGCCUCAAUAACGCCACCCCUAAACCCCUGAGGUGCAGACAUCAGCCAGUUACCGUGAAUGUAUUUUCAAUCUUGUAAAAAUGGCAUUACAUUGUAAAAAUGUGGUGUUAAUUUAACACCUACUCUGGGACUAAAUACACUCUAGAAGAUGUUCAAUUGUGCUGAAACAAAACUGCAUUUUUACUGUGCAAUUGUAGGCUAAUUUCCAGUACCUUGCUUAAAGAUGUAAAAGUGGCAGAUUUUGCGAAGUAAACUCUCGUCAGACACAAAGUCUGAUUAGGCCGCUCCUUGCCCUUCAGUCUGCACAUCAGCCAGACACCAUAAAUGUAUUUUUGAAUUUGCUCAAAAGGGACAUGAAUGCACAUUAAUCAGCUUUUAAAUGAUAUAAACGUGUCCAGAGUUGGCAAAGUAGUCCCUUGGCAGAGAUAAAUAAUAACUUAUUGCUUGUUUCCUGCCAUAUAACCUGCAUGUAAGCUAUUGUCCAGAGAAUGUAUCAAAUCAUGAUGUUGCAAAAUCUUAUUUGUUCACAUGUGUUAUUUUUUUUUAUAAAUAAAACU